UAGAUAAGACAUCCAAGACAGAAGUAGUGAGAAUGAAGGGGGAACACAAAUCAAAGACAGAAAUGAAAACGUCCACAGUGAAAACACGAACUGAAACCAAAUCCACCCGUUCCAUAGAAAGGAAAGCACAGAGGACAACAAUUACAACCUCUAGUGUAACAGAGAAAAAGACUGACAUAAAAUCUUCUCCUACUACACCUAAAAAAUCUGUUGAACAUAAAGUUAACGGAGUUGCGCCAAAGCCAGAGCCAAUGAAACAUGCUCGACCAUCGAGUAGAACUAGACCGUCCCCAACCUCCACUCCAGCAAAAAGUGCAAAAGAAGCCAAUAAUCGGAAGGUCGUAGAAUCAAAAUAUCACAUUUCAAAAGCCUCUAAAUUGACUACAUCGAAGGCUGCUAAGAAGGAAGUGCAAGAACCAGCAGCAAAAGCUGAGAGGAAGCCUGUGAGCAGGCGACCAAAGGCAACUCCCAGCUCACCUGCUAAGAUAGCAGCAAAAUCACCAGGUUCACCAGCCAAGUCUUCUUCUGCCAAAAGCACACCAACUCCAUCUGUCAAAUCAGAAAAAGAAGCUGUAAUCAGAAAAAGAAAGGUUGAAACUGGAAAAAUUACUGCUGACUCAUCUGCAGUAUCAACCCCAUCAACUACUGAAGUAGAAACUGUUGUGAAAGCAAAGGAAAUAGGAAAAGCCCAGGACACUCCCCUUGUAAAUGGCCACAUAUCAGAAAUGAUCAUAACAAAGGAAGAUAUCUCCAAGGAGCUUUUAGACAAACCCCUUGAAGAGACUUACGUUGAGAAAAAGACUGAAAAAAUUGAUAGUGAAACUAUAAGAAAGUCACCAACUGAUGACCAACAAGAAGUUACAGAAACAGAAGACAAAACUUCAGUUAGAGAGAAAGAAAUUAAAGACAUUCCUACUAUAGAAGGAAAGGAAAAACAAAUGGAUGAAGAAACAGUAGAAAAAGAAGUAGAAGUUGAAGAAAAAGAGAUGGUAGUUGAAGAUAAAGAGUCUGAGAUAGAAGAGAAGGAAACCGAACUUGAAGAGAAGGAGUCUGAAAUUGAAGAAAAAGAAUCUGAAGUUGAAGAAGGAGAUGAUUCCAGGCAACUUAUACAUGAAAAGGAAGAUGUAGAGGCUACAGAAGAGGAACAAACUGAAGAAAUUGAGGAUGAGGAAGGACCUGUUGACAUAAAGGAAUCAUUACAUGCUGAACUUGAAACAGAAGUAAAGAAACUGAUGAGAGAAAAGAUAGAAGGAGGAGAAGAAGAAGAAGAAGAAGAAGAAGGGGGAGGAACAGAAGAAGAAGAAGAAGAACAAGAAGAGGAGCAAGAAGGAGAUGAAGAUGAGGAGGAUGAAUACUUAAUCGUUGAGAAAGAAGAUGUGGAAUCCUACCAAGAACAAGAAAGUAUUGAAUCACAUUUACCAGAUGAUUUUGACAACAAAGAUAUUGAUGUUGAGGAAGAAGAUGAAGGGGAGCUUCAGAAGCACUUAUUAGAUGAAGUUGAAACAGAAAAGACAAAGAAAGAUAUAGAAAAAGAAGAGAUGGAUACAAAAAUGCACAGAGAAGUAGAAUCUCAAAAGGAACACUUAAUAAAGGAAAAAGAGGUAGAUAUAACUCUUAAAAGUAAAGCCGAAAAAGAAAUAACUGAAACUGAAAAAAUGAAGGAGGAACAUGUUGAGGAAAUAAAAGAGCAAGAAACAGAAGGUGUUACUGAAGAAACUGCUAAGCCAUUGAAGGAAGAAAUUACAAAAGAUCACAUUGAGGAGAAAGUGGAGGAAAUUAUUUCAUCAGCAAAAGAAAUAGUAACUAAAGGAAAAUUUGAAGAUGAAAGAAAGCCUGGAGUGUCUCAAGAAUCGGAUAAAGAUAUACAGAAAGAGGAACUGUCUGAGAGCAAGAAAGAACCUGAAACAAGUGAAGAUCUCAAAGAAAUUUCAUCAAUUAGUCCUGAAGAGAAAAUAGAUGUUUCUUCAGAGAAAGUCCGAGAAACUACAGACACUGACCAUAAGCUUGAUGAUGGAGGUCAUGAAAUGAAAGAGAUUCCCUCAAAAGAAAUUCUAGAGCAGAAAUUUAUUGCAGAGGAAAGCCAGCCAGAUGAAAAGGUGUCUACAACUAUAGAAUCUGCUGCUACAACAGCACCAACACUUCCUGAAGAUGAACGCAUACCUCUAGAUGAAAUAAAGGAAAUCGUUGAAGAAAAAUAUGUGAAAGAAGAGACAAAGGAGAAAGAAAAACCAGUGGCAGAAGCAGUAACACGUCUAGAGCAGCCAACUACUCUGCCACAAGUUGUAAUGCCAAUUUUUGAAACUCACAUUGCUCAUGGGAUUAUUCAUCAAAGAGACAUUGUUAAAACACCUGAUGAAGUUGCUGACUUGCCAGUCCAUGAGGAAGUUGACCCUGGUAUGUAUGAUGCUGAUGAUUUUGUAAGAGACUUUCAUAAAACAAAAUAUGAAGUGCAACUUUCGAAAAAACAACAAGAUACUGAAGAGAUCAAGGACUACAUACCUGAGGUAGGUGCUGCAGAAGAAAGACUGAAAAUAGAUACAGGAAAGGCUGACACACUGAAAGAAUCUUUAAAACAGUUUGAAGAUGAGAAAGAAGUUGAAGAAGUCAAAAUAGCACCUGAGGAAAGAUUUGUUGAUGAAAUUGAAGACAUUAUACAUGUAAAAAGAGAAAUAUCUGAUGUAGCAAAACCAUCAGUGAAACCAGUCUCUGUGGCACAACUUGAAGAACCUAUGCCAAAGGAAGACAUGGCAAAGCCUACUGAUGAGUCAAAACCUGUUACAGUGAUAUCAGAAGAAAAACUUCUGGAAGCUACCUUUCAGACAUAUGCAGAUCUAAAAGCUACAAAAGAGAAAGUAGAUGAAUUAAAAGAAAAAUUCUCUGAAGAAGGAAAGAAAGCUGUAGAGAAAGAAAUAGAUUAUGCUGCAAUUUUAGAAAAAGACAUUGCUCAUGACAGAGUUGCCUUACAGGAAAUGAGAGAAGAAAAGAAAACAGAAGGAGAAGAAAUUGGUGCAGAAUACAUAUCUUCUGAAAAGAAAUACAUAGAAGAACAACUGGAAACUAUUUCAGAUCAACUAAAACAAAAGGAGAAAGUUAUUAGUGAAGAAAUUUCAACACUGCAACAAACAUAUGUAAAGGAGAUGCCUGAAGUGAAAGGAAAGGAUGAAAUGAAACCACUUCCAAUGGAUGUUGCCCAGGAAAAGAUGCAAGAAGAGAAACAGAAAGUUAUUACAGAAGAUGUCACUGAAAGAAUUGAAAAACUGGAAGGAGAUAAAGUUAUCCAAGAAAAAAAGAUUGAAAAGGACAUAAAGGAAGAUGUUACAGCAGAAAUUAAGGAGGUAGAAGACAAAGAAAAGCCUGUUCCAAAGGAAAUGACUCAAGAGGUAAUUAUGCAGGAUGAGAAAAUUAUUUCAGAUGAGUUAGUCAAGGCAAAGAAGGUAGCAGAGAAAGAUGAACUCAUCACGGAUGAUGAAGAAAUUAAAAAACUGAAAGAAGAGGAAGUUGUUCCAAAAGAAGUUAUUGAGGAGACAAUAAAAGACAAGGAAGUAUCAAAAGUAAUGUGUGAGGAGGAGAUGAAAGAAGAAAGAGUUGUUAAAGAAGACAUUAUUGAAGAAAUCAAACAAUUAGAAGGUAAAGAGAAGUCUACUCCAAAGGAAGUUCUAGAAAAGAAAAUUAAAGAAGAAGAUGAAACCAUCUCAAAGGCGAUGAUUGAGGUAGAGGAAAAGGAAGAGAAAGUUGAUACAGAAGAUAUCAUGGCUAAAAUUCCAAAGCUGGAAGAGAAAGAUAAAGAUGUUCUGAAGGAAGUUGAUGACAAAGAGAAAUCUACUCAAAAGGAUGUAGCUAAAGACGAAACAAAAGUAGGAGAGGAAAUGGGUUUGGAGGAGUUGGUAGACGUAACGAAAAAAAGAGAAAUUGUUACAGAAGAUACCAUAGCAGCUAUUCCAAAACUGGAAGACAAACAGAAAGUUUCAUUGGAGGAACUUGAUGAAAGUAAGACAAAGGACAAGAAAGAAGAAGAAAAGGAAAAAAGAAUUGCAGAAGAGAUAAAGAAAGACAUUGUAGAUCUAGAAGAACAGGAGCAGCUUUUGUCCAAAGAUGUAGCUAAAGAAAAGCCAGAGGACAAACAGAAAGAAGAGAUUGAUAAAUCUUUAAGAGAACUAGAAGAUACAGAGAAACUUUCACCAAAAGAAGUGAAAGAAAUCCAAAUUUCAAAGGAGAAGAUUCCAGAAAAGGACACAGAAGAACAAUUGAUAGUUGCUAAAUACACCACUGAAGAAACAGAUAAACUCAAAGAAAAAGAGAAAAUUCAGGAAAGGGAAAUGGUGGAAGAUAAAGCAAAAGAAGGUAGGAAAAUAGAGUCAGAGGAAAUUAUUCAUGAAAAGAAGAAAGAUGAGAGAGAAGUAAUUACUAAAGAUAUCACUGAAAAACAAGAAGAGAAAGAGAGGCUUUCCCCAAGGGAGGUAGUUGAAGAGAUUACUGUCAAAGAGGAAGUAAGUGUUUCAGCAGAGGCUAUUCAGAGAGAGGAAACUAUCAAAGCUGACCUCACCACAGAAAUUAAGAAACAACAGGAAAUGGAGAAAAUUGUAUCAAAGGAAUUAGUUGAAGAGAAGGAAAAAGAGUCUGAAGAAAAGAUAAAAGCUAUUACAGAGGAUGUGGCAUUGGUAAUGUUAAAAGCAGAAGAAAAGGAGAAGCCUGCUCCAAAGGAAAGGGCUGAAGAGAAGAUGAAAGAAGAGAAACUAGUUUCUAAGGAGGCAGCAGAGGAAGAUAAGAGAGAAGACAAAGAGACAGUUAUUACUGAAGAUAUACCUGAAAAAAUAAAACAACUAGAAGAAAAAGAGAAACCAGCUCCAACAGAAAUUUCUGAACUCAAGACAAAAGAAGAGACAGUAGUACUAAAGGAGAAGGUUGUGGAAAAGAAGGCUGAUGACAGAGUUAUUACAGAGGAUAUAACUAAGUUGGAAGUAAAAGAAAAAACUCCCUCUGAUGACAGGGUUGAAAUAAAGGCAGAAGAAGAGAUCAUCACUAUAAAGAAAGUGGAUGAGGAAAAGAAGGAAGAAGAAAAAGCAAAAGUUGAAGUUGCUGGAAAACGAAUUGUUGAAGAAGGAGCAGAUGAAGAAAAAGAUAUUUCACAGAAGAUGGCUGAAGAAAAAAUAGAAGAGAAGGAGAAAGUUGUUCCAGAAGAAAUCACCAAAGAAAAAAAACAGCUGGAUGCGACUGAGAAACUAGUAUCGAAAGAAACAAGCAAAACAAAAUCUGAGGAUGAAGUGACAAGAAUUUCAAAGGAAAUUGAUCAAAAAAUGAUUAUAGAAGACAAAAAGAAAAUUGUUCCUGAAAUCACUGAACAUGUUAAAAAACAGGAAGAAAGAGACACCAGUUUACCAAAGGAAGAAAUAGAAGAGAUGAUCCAGGAGGAAUGGGAAAUAGUUUCAAAGGAGAUGAUAGAGGAAGAGAAGAAAGACUCAAGCGAAGCUGUAACAGAAGCAACUGUUGUAGAAAUCAAGGAAGCAGAGGAAAAAGAAAUAACUAUCCCUAAAGAAAUAGAUAAAGAAAAGAUAAAAGAACCAGAGAAAAUUAUUACAAAGGAUACAAUAGUGAAACUGGAAGAACAUAAGGUUGUUACAGAAGAUAUCACGGAGAAACUGAAAGAGACAGAAAAGAAAGAGGAAAGUGUUCCACAUGCAUUACCAGAAGAAAAGGCAAAAGAAGCUGAGAAACCACUUUUGAAGGAAACAAUAGUGAGAAAGGAAGAAGACAAGGUUAUUACAGAACAUAUCACUGAAGCAGAGAUAAAACCAGAAGAAAAAGAGGAAACUGUGCCACAUGAAAUAUGCGAAGAAAAGCCAAAGGAAGCUGACACAGUAGUGAAAAAGGAAGAAGAGAAAGUUAUUACAGAAGAUAUCACUGAAGAAGCGAAAAAACCAGAAGAAAAAGAUAAAACUGUUCCACAUGAAAUACCUGAAGACAAGAUAAAGGAAGCUGAGAAACUAGCUCCAAAAGAAACAAUAGCGAAAAAGGAAGAAGAGAAAGUUAUUACAGAAGAUAUCACUGAAGAAGUGAAAAAACCAGAAGAAAAAGAGAAAACAUUUCCAUUUGAAAUACUUGAAGAAAAGGCAAAGGAAGCUGAAAAACCAGUUUCAAAGGACACAGUAAUGAAAGUGGAAGAAGAGAAGGUUAUUACAGAAGAUAUCACUGAAGAAGUGAAGAAACCAGAAGAAAAAGAGGAAUUUAUUCCACAAGAAAUACCCGAACGAAAGGCAAAAGAAGCUGAGAAACCAGUUUCAAAGGACACAGUAGUGAAAGAGGAAGAAGAGAAAGUUGUUACAGAGGAUAUUACUGAAGAAGUGAAAAAACCAGAAGAAAAAGAGAAAACAGUUUCACAAGAACUACUUGAAGAAAAGGCAAAGGAAGCUGAGAAACCAGUUUCAAAGGACACAUUAGUGAAAGAGGAAGAAGAGAAAAUUGUUACAGAGGAUAUCACUGAAGAAGUGAAAAAACCAGAAGAAAAAGAGAAAUCAGCUCCACAAGAAAUACUUGAAGAAAAGGCAAAGGAAGCUGAGAAACCAGUUUCAAAGGACACAGUAGUGAAAGAGGAAGAAGAGAAAAUUGUUACAGAGGAUAUCACUGAAGAAGUGAAAAAACCAGAAGAAAAAGAGAAAUCAGCUCCACAAGAAAUACUUGAAGAAAAGGCAAAGGAAGCAGAGAAACCAGUUUCAAAGGACACAGUAGUGAAAGAGGAAGAAGAGAAAAUUGUUACAGAGGAUAUCACUGAAGAAGUGAAAAAACCAGAAGAAAAAGAGAAAUCAGCUCCACAAGAAAUACUUGAAGAAAAGGCAAAGGAAGCUGAGAAACCAGUUUCAAAGGACACAGUAGUGAAAGAGGAAGAAGAGAAAGUUAUUACAGAAGAUAUCACUGAAGAAGUGAAGAAGCCAGAAGAAAAAGAGGAAACUAUUCCACAUGAAAUACCUGAAGAAAAGGCAAAGGAAGCUGAGAAACCAGUUUCGAAAGACAAAGUAAUGAAAAAGGAAGAGGAAGAGGUUAUUGCUGAAGAUAUCACUGGAAAAGUCAAGAAAUCAGAAGAAAAAGAGGAAACUGCUCGACACGAAAUACCUGAGGAAAAGAUAAAGGAAGCUGAGAAACCAGUUUUAAUGGACACUGUAGUGAAAAAGGAAGAAGAGAAGGUUAUUACAGAAGAUAUCACUGAAGAAGUGAAAAAACCAGAAGAAAAAAAGAAAAUGGUUCCAUCUGAAAUACCCGAAGAAAAGGAAAAGGAAGCUGCAAAACUAGUUUCAAAGGACACAGUAAUGAAAAGGGAAGAAGAGAAGGUUAUUACAGAAGAUAUUACUGAAGAAGUGAAGAAACCAGAAGAAAAAGACGAAAUUAUUCCACAUGAAAUACCUGAAGGAAAGAUAACGGAAGCUGAGAAACCAGUUUUGAAGGACACAGUAGUGAAAAAGGAAGAAGAAAAGGUUAUUAGAGAAUAUAUCACUGAAGAAGUAAAAAAAACAGAAGAAAAAGAGAAAACAGUUCCAUUUGAAGUACCCGAAGAAAAGAUAAAGGAAGAUGCAAAACCUGUUUCGAAAGACGCAGUAGUUAAAAAGGAAGAAGAGAAAGUUAUUACAGAAGAGGUCACUGAAGAACGGAAAAAACUGGAGGAACAAGAGGGAGCAGUACCACAUGAAAUACCAGAAGAAAAGACAAAGGAAGCUGCAAAACAGGUUUCAACGGACACAGUAUUGAAGAAGGAAGAAGAGAAGGUUAUUACAGAAGAUAUCACUGAAGAAGCAAAAAAACCAGAAGAAAAAGAGAAAACAGUUCCAUCUGAAACACUUGAAGAAAAGGCAAAGGAAGCUGAGAAACCAGUUUCAAAGGACACACUAGUGAAAAAGGAAGAACAGAAGGUUGUUACAGAAGAUAUCACUGAAGAAGUGAAAAAACCAGAAGAAAAAAAGAAAAUGGUUCCAUCUGAAAUACCCGAAGAAAAGGAAAAGGAAGCUGCAAAACUAGUUUCAAAGGACACACUAGUGAAAAAGGAAGAAGAGAAGGUUAUUACAGAAGAUAUCACUGAAGAAGUGAAAAAGCCAGAAGAAAAAGAGAAAACAGUUCCAUCUGAAAUACUUGAAGAAAAAGGAAAGGAAGCUAAGAAACCAGAUUCAAAGGACACAGUAGUGAUAAAGGAAGAAGAGAAUGUUAUUACACAAGAUGUCACUGAAGAAGUGAAAAAACCAGAAGAAAAAGAGAAAUCAGCUCCACUAGAAAUACUUGAAGAAAAGACAAAGGAAGCUGAGAAACCAGUUUCAAAGGACACAGUAUUGAAAAAGGAAGAAGAGAAAGUUAUUACAGAAGAUAUCACCGAAGAAGUGAAGAAACCGGAAGAAAGAGAGGAAACUAUUCCACAUGAAAUACCUGAAGAAAAGGCAAAGGAAGCUGAGAAACCAGUUUCGAAAGACACCGUUGUGAAAAAGGAAAAGGAGGAGGUUAUUGCUGACGAUAUCACUGAAAAAGUCAAAAAAUCAGAAGAAAAAGAGGAAACUGCUCGACACGAAAUACCCGAAGGAAAGAUAAAGGAAGAUGUGAAACCAGUUUUUAGGGACAUGGUAGUGAAAAAGGAAGAAGAGAAGGUUAUUACAGAAGACAUCACUGAAGAAGUGAAAAGACCAGAAGAAAAAGAGAAAGCAGUUCCACAAGAAAUACUUGAAGAAAAGGCAAAGGAAGCUGAGAAAUCAGUUUCAAAGGACACAGUGAAAAAGGAAGAAGAGAAAGUUGUUACAGAAGAUAUCACUGAAGAAGUGAGAAAACCAGGAGAAAAAGAGGAAACAAUUCCAUCUGAAAUAUUUGAUGAAAAGGCAAAGGAAGCUGAGAAACCAGUGUCAAAGGACACAGUAGUGAAAAAGGAAGAAGAGAAGGUUAUUACAGAAGACAUCACUGAAGAAGUGAAAAAACCAGAAGAAAAAGAGGAAACAGUUCCACAAGAAAUACUUGAAGAAAAGGCAAAGGAAGCUGAGAAACCAGUUUCUAAGGACACAGUAGUGAAAAAGGAAGAAGAGAAGGUUAUUACAGAAGAUAUCACUGUAGAAGUGAAGAAACCAGAAGAAAAAGAGAAAACACUUCCAUCUGAAAUACUUGAUGAAAAGGCAAAGGAAUUUGAGAAACCAGUGUCAAAGGACACUGCAGUGACAAAAGAAGGAGAGAAGAUUAUUACAGAAGAUAUCACUGAAGAAGUGAAGAAACCAGAAGAAAAAGAGAAAACAGUUGCAUCUGAAAUACCCGAAGAAAAGACAAAGGAAGAUGCAAAGCCAGUUUCAAAAGACACAGUAGUGAAAAAGGAAGAAGAGAAAGUUAUUACAGAAGACGUCACUGAAGAAGUGAAAAAACCAGAAGAACAAGAGGGAGCAGUACCACAUGAAAAACCAGAAGAGAAGACAAAGGAAGCUGUAAAACCAGUUUCAGAGGACACAGUAUUGAAAAAGGAAGAAGAGAAGGUUAUUACUGAAGAUAUCACUGAAGAAGUGAAAAAACCAGAAGAAAAAGAGAAAACAGUUCCAUCUGAAAUACCCAAAGAAAAGGCAAAGGAAGAUGUAAAACCAGUUUCAAAGGACACAGUAGUUAAAAAGGAAGAAGGGAAGUUUGUUACAGAAGAUGUCACUGAAGAAAUGAAGAAACCAGAAGAAAAAGAAGAAACUGUUCCACACGAAAUACCUGAAGAAAAGGCAAAGGAACCUGAGAAACCAGUUUCAAAGGACACAGUACUGAUGAGGGAAAAGGAGGAGGUUAUUACAGAAGAUAUCACUGAAAAAGUGAAGAAACCAGAAGAAAAAGAGGAAGCUGUUCCACAUGAAAUACCUAAAGAGAAGGCAAAGGAAGUGGAGAAACCAGUUUUGAAGGACACAACAGUGACAAAGGAAGAAGAGAAGGUUAUUACAGACUAUAUCAGUGAAGAAGUGAAGAAACCAGAAGAUAAAGAGGAAGCUGUUCCACAUGAAAUACCCAAAGAAAAGGCAAAGGAAGCUGAGAAACCAGUUUCAAAGGACACAGUAUUGAAAAAGGAAGAAGAGAAGGUUAUUACAGAAGAUAUUACGGAAGUGAAAAAGCCAGAAGAAAAAGAGAAACCUGUUCCUUAUGAAAUAGUUGAAGAAAAAUCUAAGGAAGUGGGCAAAGCAGAUUUGAAGGACACAACAGAGAAAAUUAAAGAAGACAGAAGUCAAGAUUUGGAAAAAGAAAAACUCAUUUCAAAGGAUAUAGAUGAGCAAUAUAUUGUUUCACCUGAAAAGGGUGAAGAAGGAAAAAAACCUUCCCUGGGGGAUAUGCCCUCUUCCGAAGAGUUUGUCGAAGAAAGGAGAAAAGUAGAAGAGAAAAGUUCCACACCAGAAAUCACAGAAAAGAAGGAUGAUGUAAAAGAUGUGCCUCUUUCAGAGAAAAUGGUUGAAAAAGAGAGGUAUAUUUCAGAAGACCUGCUUGAAGAAAAAAAGGAAGGUGAAGAGAAGGAAGAGGUUGUCCCAAAGGAUCUUAUUAAAGAAGGAGAAAAAGUAGACACAAUUCAUAUAGAUCAUACAGAAAAAGAAAAGGAAAUAGAUGAGAGAGAGAAGACAAUUACAGAGAAAAUUAUUGAAGAAAAGAAGAAAGAAGUAGGUGAAGAAAGUAUUAUUGUGAAGGACUCUGUGGAACAUGAGAAAAAAGGAGAACCAAUAGCUGUAGAGGAUAUUACCAGUGUAAUAGGGAAAGAGGAACCUAAGAAAGACAAAGCUGCUUCAAAGGAACUGCUUGAAGAAAAGAAAGAAGAGAAAGGAAGAGAGAGAGCCAUUACAGAUAUUAGUAAAGAAAAGGAAGGCCAACAAGAGACAGAGAAGAUUACUUCAAAACAAUUAAUUGAAAAAGUCGGAAUGGAGGAAACUACAGCAAAACUUGCUCCAAAGUAUGUAGUUGCAGAAAAGGAAAAAGACCAAGUUAUUUCAAAGGCUGUGACUGAAGAAAAAAUAGAUGACCUCGAAAAAAGAAAGAUUGUCACUACAUAUGAAAAAAUUUCAGACAAGAUUGAAACUAUUUUUGACAUUAAAACUGAUUUGUCACUCCAGGAAACUUCACAACCAACAGCUACAACAGCAAAGGAAGUUAAGCCUGCAGAAGUGAUCAAAACUAACGGUGAACUUGAAAAGAGUGAACAGAAAGUACCACAAGUGAAAAUGCACGGAGAGACAGCUAUCAAGGGAGAGCCAGAAGACAAGGUUGAUCAGAAGAUGGAACCUGGAAAAGAAACAAUUACAGCACCAAGUGCUUUAUCUGCCACAUAUCUUGAAAUUAUAGACAAGCUGCAAAAAGAAGAACCUUCAGAAGUUGAUAAACAGGAAGAUGAAGAGUCACCAAAGAGAGAAGAGCUCCAAGUUAGUGAAGCUGACAAAUCUCUUCGCAAAGAAGUAUCAAAAACGAUGGAAGAAUUGGAAGAAAUAUCCGUUACGUCUAGUCAAAUGUCAGAUAUUAAACAUUUGUCACAGGAAGGUGUAAAGCCAGAAAUUACAAAAGACUCACACAGAAAAGAAGAGGAGCAAAUGUCAGAAGAAAAACCAUCCCUGCAGGAACAAGAACUCAUAAGUAAAAAAGACAAGGCAGAGAUAGGAGUAGAAAAGGAAGAUAAAAAGGUGAAAGUAGAAGCUGACUCAUUAGAAACUGAGAAAACAUCAGCAACUAUAGAAUGGUUAACUUGUGUAGUUAAGGACACAAAGCCAUCAUUGGGAGAAGAGCAGGAAGAGAUCUUUAAGAAAGUUGUUAGCACAAAAGAGAAGAAAGUUACUGAGACAGAAGAUCAAAUUGAUGAGAAGAAAGUGAAGGAGAAACAACAAGAGAUAGAAAAGACUGUCAAGGACACAGAUAUCAUGUCAGUCAUAACAGAAAGACAGAAGACAUUACCUGACAGUGAAACUAGCAAGGAAAUUCCUACAAGUAUUGAACAAAAGAAGCAGCCAACUGGAGAAAGAGAAAUAAUAGACAAAUCAAUUGAAGUGGUGAAAAGUCAACCAAAAUAUGAGGCAGACAGACCAGCAGAAACGUUCAGUGAGGUGUAUCAGGAAGACAAGAAAGAUGAGCUUGCAAAAUCAGUGUCUUCAGAAAAGGAGAAGCAACUAACAGAUGAAGAAGAAAAGAAACAAAAGACAGAAAGGUUACUUUUAGAGACAGAGGGCAGCAUUAUUUCAAAAGAUUUAGCUGAAACUAUUACCACUACUGUAAUGAAAGAAUACAUCCUGAAAACUACACACAUAACAUCGGAUUCUGUUACAUCAGAUGUACCAGCCCCUGGAAAAAUACCUGUACAACCAUCUGUGGAACCAGAAAUAACACCUUUGCAAGAGAAAGUGGAGAUUAAAGAGACUGGACUAUCACCAAAAGUGGAAGACACUGAUAAAAGAGCUGCAGAUACACUAAUUUCUCAUGAACUCAAAGACACAGAAAAAAUUUCUGCAGGUCAGGAAAUAGGAAAAGAGAAGCAGCUGGGAAUUUCUGAAGAAACUACUGUUUCAAAAGUGAAAGAAGUUUCAAAAGAAGUAAAAUAUGAUGGGAUUACAAGCAAAUUACCAACUUCAGCUGCUGACCAUAGAUCAGAUGAUGAAGAUGGUGAACCACCUCCAUCUCCAGGAGAAGAAUACAUUGAUUCAGGAAUGGAGGAAGAACCAGUCUAUACCAAACUUGAUGCACCAGAACUUCCAGAAUAUGUAACUGUUACUCCUGACUCCACACCUGCAUCACCAAAAGCAUUGCCCUUAAGGCCACAGGAUGACUCUGCAAAAAUGCAUCUUCCGGGAUCUGAAGAGAAGGAAAGAAAAGAAAAACUUAAAUAUGAACAUACUGAAACUGACAAGAAAGAGCCUGCCAAGGUAACAACUACAGCCCUUCCCCAGGAAAAAGAGGUGGAGUAUAGAAUGUAUGUGGAUGACACUGGUGACAAAACUGGUGAACCAGGAGAAGUUAUCGCAGACGAAGAUGGUCAUAUUGUAACAAGAAGAACAAGAACUGAAUACAAAACAAUUGUGACCAGGGAAGGUAAGCCUGAUGAAAAGACAGUUUCAAGUCUAAUGGCUGGUUCAGUUACACCUAUUUCAUCGGGUGAGAUCACUGGAGUUAAAGAUGACAAACUAUCAGAUGAAGAACAUCUGGAAGAAAUUGAUGAUGACUCAAAAGAAUCUGUCUCAGAGGAAACAUUCACAGAUGAAGAUGGUAAAACUGUAACAAGGAAGAUAGUAAGGCGUUACAAGACAGUAGUUACCAGCAGAACUGAAUCAGCUGAAGAGAAAGGUAUAAUGAAAGAAAUUCAGCCCUCAUUUUCAUCUGAAGCAGGACCUGGUUCAUUUAUACCUGUUUCAUCAGGUGAGAUCACAACGUAUACAACUGUAGUUAAAGGUGACAGACUAUCAGAUGAAGAACAUCUGGAAGAAAUUGAUGAUGACUCAAAAGAAUCCGUCUCAGAGGAAACAUUCACAGAUGAAGAUGGUAAAAUUGUAACAAGAAAGGUAGUAAGGCGUUACAAGACAGUAGUAACAAGCAGAACUGAGUCAGCUGAUGAGAAGGGUGAAAUAAAAGAAUUUCAGCCCCCAUUUUCAUCUGAAGCAGGACCAAUGGUACUACCGUCAUCCUCAAAAACAACAACAACAACAACAAAAGUAAUUGAAGGUCAUGAAUAUCCACUAGACACUGACAAGCAAGAUGACAAAGCAGCUGUUUCAGAAGAAACAUUCACAGACAAGGAUGGCAAAACUGUGACAAGAAGAACUGUGCGACACUACAGAACUUACAUAACUCAGUCCACAGGAGAAAUGGAACCUACUCAUAUAAAGACAGAUGACAGAACUCCCCUUGAACCAGCUCAAGAUGUUGAUGAAAGCAAAACACGUGUUACAGUGUCCACAGACAAAGCAGGCACAGAAGAAAUCAUGGAGUUCGAUGACGAUGAUGAAAAAGAAUCAGUAACUGAAGAAACAUUUACAGAUGAAGAAGGUAGGACAGUAACAAGAAGAGUAAUAAGGAGGUAUAAGACAGUGAUAACGAAAGAAAGGGAAGUUGUGGAUGAGAAACCUACUACAAAACUGGUAACUACUAUAGCAACAAAGAAGACUGAAACAAAAGAAGGUGACGACAUUGAUGAUGGUGUAGAAAUGGAAGAAUGCACAGAGCUCAGUGAUCAGGAUGAAAAAGAAUCUGUGUCUGAAGAAACAUUCACAGAUGAAAGUGGCAAAACUGUGACCAGAAAAAUUGUAAGACGGUACAAGACAGUUGUCACAAGGGGAAGUGAAUCUGUCGAUACAAAAGAUUCCAUUAAAUUACCACCUAAGGAAGCAAAGGGUAUUGUAGAUGAAAUUGAAACGGAACAGGCUGACUUAGAUGAUCAAGAUGAAAAAGAAUCUGUGACUGAGGAAACAUUCACUGAUGAAAGUGGCAGAACUGUAACAAGAAAAGUUGUCAGACGAUAUAAGACAGUGAUGACAAAAGAAAGUUCCUCAGUGGGCACGGAAGAGUCUAGUCAAGUAAGAGCUACAGACAUAAUACAUUCAGAAUUGUCUCCAACUGCCCUCACCCAGAAAAUGUACACUACAGUAAUUAAAUCAGAUGAUGAUAGGGAUGAUGGGGUAGAAACAGAUAAAUUAGAUGAGUUAGAUGAUCAGGAUGAAAAAGAAUCUGUGUCCGAAGAAACGUUCACAGAUGAAAGUGGCAAAACUGUGACCAGAAAAAUUGUAAGACGGUAUAAGACAGUUGUCACAAAGGGAAGUGAAUCCAUUGGUACAAAAGAUACCACUAAAUUAACUCCUAAGGUAGCAAAGAGUAUUGGGGAUGAAACAGAAACAGAACGAACUGACUUAGAUGAUCAAGAUGAAAAAGAAUCUGUGACUGAGGAAACAUUCACUGAUGGAAGUGGCAGAACUGUAACAAGGAAAAUUGUCAGACGUUAUAAGACAGUGGUGACAAAAGAAAGUUCCUCUGUAGGUGCAGAAGACUCUAGGCAAAUAAGAGCUACAGAUAUAACUGCUUCAGAAUUGUCUCCAGAUGUUCUCACCCAGAAAACAUACACUACGGUAAUUAAAUCAGAUGAUGAUAGAGAUGAUGGGGUAGAAACAGAUAAAUUAGAUGAGUUUGAUGAUCAGGAUGAAAAAGAAUCUGUGUCUGAAGAAACAUUCACAGAUGAAAGUGGCAAAACAGUGACCAGAAAAAUUGUAAGACGGUAUAAGACAGUUGUCACAAGGGGAAGUGAAUCUGUUGAUACAAAAGACUCCAUGAAAUUAGCUCCUAAAGAAGCAAAGGAUAUUGUAGAUGAAAUAGAAACAGAACAGGAUGAAUUAGACGAUCAAGAUGAAAAAGAAUCUGUGACUGAGGAAACGUUCACUGACGAAAAUGGCAGAGUUGUAACAAGGAAAAUUGUCAGACGGUACAAGACAGUGAUAACAAAAGAAAGUUCUUCUGUGGAUGCAGAAGACUCUAGCCAGAUGAGAGCUACAGACACAAUUGCUUCGGAAUUGUCUCCAACUGUUCUCACCCGGAAAACAUAUACUACAGUAAUUAAAUCAGAUGAUGAUAGAGAUGAUGGUGUAGAAACAGAUAAAUUAGAGGAGUUUGAUGAUCAGGAUGAAAAUGAAUCUGUGAGUGAAGAAACCUUCACAGAUGAGGGUGGCAGAACAGUAAGAAGGAAAAUUAUAAGGCAUUACAAGACAGUCAUUAGACAAGAAGGUGAACCCACAGAUGCAAAAGAUUCUACGACAAUAAAAAUGGAAAAGAUAAGUGCCCCAGACCUAACCUUAACUGCAACUACCAGCGAAAGUUGCAUGACAGAUGUAAAAGAAGGUGUUGGUGUAGAUGAUGGUAUUGAAAUAAGUGAUCAAGAUGGCAAAGAAUCUGUGACUGAAGAAACUUUCACAGAUGAAAAUGGCAGAAUUGUAACAAGGAAGAUUGUAAGGCGAUACAAGACUGUGGUAACAAAAGAAAGUGGGUCUUUGGAGGAUAAAGGCACUAGUGAAACAGAGAAGAAAGAUGUAAGAGAUAUGGAACGGAUGUCAACUGCUUUCACUACAGAUACACAUACUACAGCACUAGGUGUCAUAGAAAGAGAUGAACUUACAGACUUUGAUGAUCAAGAUGAAAGGGAAUCUGUCUCUGAAGAGACAUUCACUGAUGAGGAUGGCAGAACAGUGACUAGAAAAAUUGUGAGGCGGUACAAGACAGUGGUCACAAAAGAGAGUGAGUUACCUGAUGAAAAAGAUACCAGUCAAUUAACAAAAGUGCUGGGAACUGGUUCAGAACUGCCAACCACUACUAUCUUGAGGAAAAUUUACACUACAGUCACUAAAGAUGGUGAAGGUACUAAAGAUGGUUUAGAAACAGAGCAGCUUGAUGAGCUGGAUGACCAAGAUGGAAAAGAAUCUGUCACUGAAGAGACAUUUACAGAUGAGCAUGGAAGAACUGUCACAAGAAAAAUUGUGAAAAGAUAUAAGACAGUAGUGACAACAGAAGGUGAAGAUGUUAUUGGAGACAUUAGUAGUGAUGGCAAGAAAGAGACAGAUGAUGAUGACAGUAAAGAUUCAGUCACAGAAGAAACAUUUACAGAUGAAGAAGGAAGAACUGUAAGAAGGAAAAUUGUGAAGCACUACAAAACAACAGUGUUAAAAACUGAUGACAUCACGGACAAAACAUUAUCUACAACAGAGUUACAAUUUGAUCCAGAUGCAAAAGAGAAAAGCAUUGCUUUCAGUUCAUUUACUACUGCUGAAGGCAAAAGUGACACUCCCCUUGAUUUUACUGAAGGUGAGGAUGGAAAAGAUUCCAUUAUAGAAGAAACUUUCACAGGAGAAGACGGAAGUGUUGUAACCAGGAAGAUAACAAGACAAUACAAAACCAUUUUAAAACAGGAGACUGGAUCUGAUGAUCAUCAUUUUACAACAAAAAUUUCAACAGGGUCAGCUGACUCAAGUUUACCACUGACCACCACCACAAUGACAAAAACCUACACAACUGUAACGAAACAAGGUGAUGACUAUGGUGACGACUUCUCGGAAGAUUUAGGAAAAGCUCAUGAACCCAGUGGGGCAACUUCUAAAACCACCACUACAGUGACUACAAUUACUAAAAGAAUUUCUUCAAAGGAUGGAGAAGAAGAAAUAACUGAAGCCACUACAGAGGAAGUAACUUCUGAAGAUGGAAAAGAACAAAGUACUGUCACAGUUACCACAAAGAGAGAUGAACAUGGUGAUAUGGUAGUUCACACAUCAAUAACCCCCAGAGAUAAAGAACUUGAUGGUUACAGUAUUGCAGGACCAGUUAGCUUCAUUGGCAGUGAUAAAGGGGAGCAUUCGGCACACUCCACUGUUAGUACUACUGUUACGACUUCUCAGAUGACCACAGAUGCCUGGAAGACUGGUAGAAAACAUGACUCACAGCAGUGUGACAGUGAUGAGGAAGAUGACCCUACAUCGCCACUAAGCAUUACAUCACAACUUGCACAUUCUCCACCAUCACAUUUUGGAUUUGAAACAUCUGCUAGUCCUACAGCAUCAGUAGAGCUUUACUCGCCCAAAGUCAUUCCUUCACAAAAAGUAAGUUCCACACAGAUGACUAGUUCAUUUUAUGGUAGUUUGCCAUCUGGAGAAGAGCAGUUGACAUCUACAGAUGAGAAACUGGACUUCCAAAGGGCACUUCAUGAACACAGAGAAGCAAGAGGUGAAGAUCUCCAGUCAUCUUUCCACAGUCCACCUGUGCAUAAAACUGUAACAAUGGGUUACAAGGAGGGAUUGCUACAUGGUGAACAGCUGUCAUCAGGAAUAAAUGGCCAAAAGCAUGAAGAUAUUGACAGCAAAGGAGCUACCACAAAAAGUAUUCCUUCCAGUAGUGGAGUGAGUGCCACAAGCCAAAAAAUACCUCCGGUAGUAACCAGUGCACACCUUCCUGCUGAGCAUGGUCAGUCAGCACAAAAAGAUACAAAGGGUGACAAACAAAAGGAUCCAAUUGGCAGUUGGGGGAAACCACUUGGGCUCCCAGCACCUGCACCACCACCUGCGAACACAAUCACAACUAAUGGCGAAGUCAACACAGCUACUAAGCCCGGGACCCCAAAAAAGGAAAAGAAAGCUAUGCAAAUGAAGAAGAACUUAGUAAUGAAUGAAAACAACAAAGCAGCAAAUGCACAGUCAGCAAAAGAAUCAAAAUCUAGGCGUUCAGAAUCACCAGUAAAACAGAAGAAUGUGUCAAAUAAAGAUGUUGGGAAAAACACAAAAGUUCCUGGAGGCCAUAUAUAUAUUGACCUAACCUAUGUCCCACAUCAUGGAAAUUCAUACUACACCAAUGUAGAAUUUUUCAAGAAAGUCAGAGCAAGGUACUAUGUAUUCAGUGGCACAGAACCGAGUCGAGAUGUCUACAAUGCUCUACUUGAAGCUAAACAAACAUGGGAAGAUAAGGAUUUAGAAGUAACUAUCAUUCCCACUUAUGAUACCGACACUCUUGGUUACUGGGUCGCCGAGAAUGAAGAUCUGCUUACAAAAUACAAGAUUGACCUCUCUCCGUCUGCAAGUCGCUGCACAAUAAAUCUGCAAGAUCAUGAAACAAGCUGUUCAGCAUAUCGGUUGGAGUUCUAAUUGUUGCUGACUGAUAAACAGUCACAGAAAUAAACUCACUGCCCAUAAAAGCCAUUACUGCUCUAUAGUAUGAACUGGCUUGGACGAUGCCGUUUUUAGCAUUAGCUGAAGUAUUUAUUGUUACCAUCCUUGAUACUUUUUGUGGUCUAAGACAAAGGAAGUUAUGAUGUCCUUACAGAGAAAUUAAAAAUGUCUUUCAGGAAAUUUUCUUGUAUGAUGAAGUCUGUGCUGAUGUUGAGGACCCUUCAACAUAAAUGGUGAUGAUGAAACGGAAAAAAAAUGCAACAGUUUUGUUGUAUCAUUUAUUUUUAGGUUGUUCUUUCAGAAUGUCAGCAGUUCUAUUUAUACUGUCAGUUCAUAAGAUUCAAAUAGAUGUAUGGUCACAUAAAUAUGAAAUUUAUGAUAUAUGUCCAAAAAAUGUUAGCUGUUUUUCAGUUUCAUUGAUACAGAAAAAAGUAAGACACAAAUGUGGUAUGUGUUUACAUUUCAGUCCUGGGCUAAAAGACAGUUUUUACUGAAAGCAAAUUGUCAUAAAACUGUGGUACUUACAUCCAUAAAUAUAUGUGUAUAUAAUGAGCAAAAUCUUUUUCAAAGUAUUGAGUCUAAGAAACACCCAUCUCUCUUACACAUUCAAGAAAUUUAUUUUUCUAAGCUUCCUGAGAAGUGAAAUUGAAAGUGAAAAGAGAGAACAACUUUCCCAUUGGGUUUAAUGUAUAUUUGUUGAUAGUAGAAAUGAAACUGUCUCACGCAUUAAAUACAAUCACUACCAGUUGAGCAAAGCAUUAAGUACUUUUCAGAAAACAAAACAAAAAAAUCAUGUUUUUUGUGCCAUAGGCCUCGAGUGAUAACACAUGAAAAAUUAUACAAGAAAGGAUAAACAAAAACAAGAAAUAUUUUAUAAUAAAACAAGUCGAACAUAAGUAAAUUAUUUCCUAUGUCCAUAUAGUUAAAACAAUCCCAUUAUUAUAAGAUGCCACAUUCGUCUUAUGUUGCUUAUUAUAUUAUAAGCAUCAACAUGAUUUAAUUAUUGUUCCUAAAGUGGACAUUGUAUCAUCCAUUUUCACGUUUGGAGGGAUACCGUUAAACAGUGUUGAAAAACCAAAUAAGAUGACCUAGUUUUUGAUCUAUGUAACGUUUUACUAAUAAUGUUAAAAUCAUGAAAUUAAAAUUAAUUCCCUAAACAGUGUUACCUUAAUGUAAAGUUGUUAGAAAGUAACAGAAGCUUCAUUGAAUGUUUAAAGUGCAUCCUGAGAUCAUAUUUUGUGUGUCAUGAGAAAAAUGAGUCUGCAGUAACUAAUAAUUUAUCCAUAUCUUCAGAAAUGUUCCAUUUUUUGUUUAUGAAUAUUGUAAGCUGUAAAUUUAGAAACUGUGUGUUUACUCACAGUCAUGAUUGUGCAGUGGUUGUGUGUAUGUACUCAAUAAGUGCUCACCCUCAUACCUAAAGUGACAUGUACUUACAAACACAUUAAUUUAAGUCUUCCUCUCACCCUCCUGUUCAUUCCUGCCUGCAAUGCAGUUUUUAAGAAUAUAUGUUUUUGAAAGUUUUAAUCUAUAUUUAAGUCUUCCUACACAUAGCAAAUAUUUUAUAUUUAUACUUAGCAACAUAAGUCUUAUUUUUAAUGCUGUCAUCGUAUUUAUGUAGCGUUUUAUGCAUCCAUUGUGCACGAAAAUACACUUAUGUAAAAGCUUGAAUGCUAGGCAGAAAAGUAUUUAUCAUUUAUGUUAUCUUUGAUUCAGAUGAUAUUUGAUGUGGUACACAAUUUAAACAUUAGCUUAAUUUUUUUUAUCUGCCCAGGUGGGACAGUUUAAGUAUAGAAGACAGACUGUUUUUUGAAACAAGAAAGAAAUCCAAAAGUGUUGGCAUGGAUAGAGCUCCCUUCAGCUCAGAAAAGAGAGCAGCUAGAUGUUGCGUUGUUAUAAGUUUGUUUUUGUGUAUGUGAAUUGUUAAAACAAGUGAACAAAACACCGAAAUAUGAAGGAAGAGUAUGGAUUGUUGUAGAUAGUAUCUAUCAAAUUGAAAACUGUUGAGUGUAAAAUAUUUCAUAGGCAUGAAACAUGAUGAAAUAAUGUCUGAAGCACUACAAAAAUGGACAAUUUUGUGGAAAUAUAGAAGUUUAUCUGACUUACAGCAACAUACAUGUCACACACACAACUCUUGAAGCAUAGAUGAAUUUGUAGCAAAUGGAGGAAUUCGUUUUAUCCUCCUCUCAUUUUGUACUUACCUGAGAAUGUGUGAUUUUAUAACAGUAAAAAAUUAGGACAUUUAAUUUUUUGUACAAUAUUGUGUAUCUUUCCAGAAAUGUGUAUUAUACUUCAUUUCAUUUUGUGUGCUGGUCAAUAAUCUAGUUUUGUAGAAUUUUAAAUAGUUACUUCCUCUGUAUCUUUCAUUAUUAUAGAUUACUCCCUGUUAUGAACUGUUUCUAUAUAAGGCCUAAUUUAUUAUUUUUGAAAAUAUUACUCUUGUUUUGUCCACAUGUUUUGUACUUUUGUUAAUGGAUGGUUAACUUGAAUAUGACAGUGUGAAUGAGGUGCUCGUUUAUUACUUUCUGACUGAAAAUAAUUUUCUGAAGUAGUUUAACAUACAAAAGUUUGUAUGUUUGUUAUAAGAUCUUUUCAAAAUGACUGUUGCCAUGGAACUAUAUACGUAUAGUGUCUACAGUAUCUCAGCAACAAGAAACCGAGCUUGAAUAAAUGAAACACAGUUGUUAAUAGUUAAAUGGAACUGUUGCUAUCGUAAGAUGGAGAAGUUGUGGUAGAACUAUGAAUGGUGCUAGCAAAUGCCUUGUUAAAAAUACAAAUCAAACCUCCACAUUUUUUGUGUGACUUUACUGUUAAUAAUUACAGUUGGACCACUUAAUAGGUCACACAAAAAGAGUGUGUUGAGAGUAAAAGUGUAAGCAGAGAAGUGAAGUUUGUAUUGGAUUCAGUUGUGGCUGGCCUUGUGAUUGUAAAGAAUGUUUCCUUAUUUGACACAUCAUUUUAUGAUUAUUUAUUUAUUUAUUUUCCAUAUAAAAGUUAUUUGUGUUUCUAAUGUUGCACCUUUAAACUUUUAUGCUUUCAUCUUUAUUAUAUGAAAAUUGAAAUUUAAAAAAAAAAUAUGGCCCCUGUCUCAUCAAAACAACAUAUUUUGUCAUGUUUGCUUAAAGUGAAGCUUCUAGUCACAGAGUCUGCUCUAUGCUUGUUCUGAUACCAUUGCAGUGUAUGUAUGGGAAAUGUAUGAGAAAUAAAUCAAAACCAAAAAAUAAACUAAAAAGGGGAAAAUCGUGAAAAUGAA